CGCGCCUCAACUCAACCCUCCCACGCAAGUCCCAAAGCAAUUUGGAAGCAGCAAGCAGCGCAAGAAGAAUUUGUUAGAGAAACUGAUAUGGCGUCCAUGAUGGGAGGAGACUUUGUGGAGGCCUACGUGCUCAAGAACGCCUACAAGGAGAAGCUGAGGCGCAUGGACCAAGCCGAAGCCGCGGCGGCGGCGCUCGACGGCGCGAAGAGCAGGAAGGACAUGGAGGCCGCCGGCGCCGCUGGAGAGAAUAAGGCUGCUGUUGGUGGUGGUGCGAGCAGCAGGGGAGGCUUCUUUGGCCUCAUCAAGAAGAAGGUGCACCCCAAACCCAAAGCAGCGGCGGCUACUUCCUCUUGAUUAUAUUGCUGUUCUGACAUGCCACGAAGUUGUAAGCCACAGCUGCUAGAGCUGCCGCGCCUUUCUUCUAGCUAGGAUCAGGAGCGGGUGUGUAGAGUUUGUUGUUUCGAUCAGCUUCUCUUGGAAGAGUGUGUGUAAAGCAAGUUCUUUUGUUAUUUGGUCAAAAAAAGUUGACAAAAACUAAGCGAAGAGUAA